CUGAAAUUCUGUAGACAGCGGACAGGUUAAUGCAUAUAACCCAGGGUCUGACUCUUUCGACAGCGUGAGGCCGUUCUGUUAAGUUGACGAAUUGCAAGGUGCAAGAUGGAAGAGAUGGAAGAGGUGGGGAUGUUGGGAGCACAAUUUGUCUUCCUUCUGUUUGUCUCCGAGCGACUGUACUUCAAGCAUCCGUCGGACAUCAUGACCUGCUUGGGUAGCGCCUCCUUCAGCGCUGUCGUAUUCCUUAAAAAGUUGAUCCGACUGUAUCGCGUUAGAUUUAUAGCUAAGGACAGUCUCCUGGUGUGUUUCCAGACAGUCUCCAAUACCAUCAUGAUCAUGAGUAUAUUCUCAGACUGCCAGUCCCAAGCGGGCUGCAACAUGUACAUCUUCCCGGUACUGGCCCUCUUCAUCAUGGAAUUCGCCAUUCUGUUGAGAAUCGUCAAAGCCAAAUACUUGAGCAGAAAUGACCUUGAGAAAUAUACUAAAUUUGUGAAUGAAUCCAGAUUGCCACCAGUGCAGUCCGUGGAGGAAUGGGUCAACCUCUUGGCGAAGAUUAUCAAAUGCUCGGUUUGUAAAGAGGUCCUGAGUCCCUUCGCCGCCAUCUGUGAGAAGGGCCAUGCCGUCUGUCUGGAGUGUAAGACGAUCGACUGCCUCCACUGCGACAGCCCCUUCCAGAAACUCACCUCCAACUCGGUGUUCCACCAGAUCUUGGCCUUCUUCGACAGCACCUACUGCAAGCCCUGCUCCAAGGUGAGGAAGCUCAACCACGAGUGUGCGGAGAAAAGACUUGAGAAGUGCCGCCUGUGUGACUGGACAGGGACGAAGCGUCAGCUGGUGAAGCACAUGCGUGAGCACACCAAGGACGACUAAGAGGAUCAAAGGACGGAGCACAUUUUAUACCGUGACCCGUCCGUUUUGACUCAGACAUGAACAGACAUGUUUUAACUUACUAUUGGAUUUUAAUACAGUCUUCUUCAUGGACCCGAA